AAGACGCGAAAACGACACGCCUGUGAAUCAAUCAAUUAUCCAAUUUCGCAUUCAUCGGAUAAAAUGCCGCUCGCGAAGAAAGAAGCUUCGUCAGAAUCGAACUCGCACAACGUGAAUACUAAACCGAAACAAGAAAAAACUUCACCAGUUAAAAAAACUCAAAAAACACUCUUUUCGUUCUUGGGCUUACCUACUCCAAGUACCAGUAGGUUAGACGAAAACGAAAUCGAAAAGGAUGAAAUCCAAGAGCAAGAGACUCCAGCACCAGAAACACCCGCUACUGACAAAUCAAAUGUUGCUCUAGCUAGCAGUACAGAUAUGGACGGCUCGAGUUCCGGAAAAGAGUCUGAGGUGCUAACUUUGGGCAGAAGAAUCCUAAGAGGAAGGGUUAAACGCAAAAUUUGCAUUUCAUCAGAUGAAGAGAGUGAGGACAUUGUCAGCUCUCCACAAAAAUCCUUGGUGCAAAAUACAAUUCAAGAAACUUCAUCGCGUCGAAAAAAAACAAAGAAAAAUGAUAAUGAUGAAUAUAAUGAUAGCAAUUGCGAUGAAGAUAGCGACGAUGCUGCUGUUAGUGACGUGGUCGAGGAGAGCGACUAUGAAGAUAAAAAGUCUCGUUCUAAAAAUAUUUCCAAGAAAACUGCGAAUAAAGCUCCUGGAAAUUUAAGCACCAUUCAGAAUAAAUUAAAGGCUUGUUUCUAA